GAGAGAGCGGCCCAACUUUUAGCUCCCUAGGAGGAGAGAGGGAGAGAGAGGCGCGACUUUUAGCUCCCAAGGAGGAGAGGGGAGAGGGGGAGAGAGAGGCCCAACUUUUAGCUCCCAAGGAGGCCGCCACGGAGCGAAAACAGCCGCCUCACACGGCAUGAGGAAAUGAAGUCAGAGCUUUCAAGGUGCUUCGCCGAGUGAGACGUCACAAGGUCGCCUAACGAUGCAACGCCACCGCCUCCAAGUGCAACAUCUCCUCCCCAAGAUGCACUGCUACCUACCCAGGAUGCACAUCUCUGUGGUGGUGCUGUGGUUGGCCGGCUGGGCAGAGGCACAAGUCAACCCGAGCCUAUGCAGGUACGCGCUGGGCAUGCAGGAAGGGCGAAUCCCCGAUGAAGACAUCACAGCGAGCAGCCAGUGGUACGAGACCACUGCUGCUCACUACGCCAGGCUCGACUCGGAGGAGGGCGACGGGGCCUGGUGCCCUCUGGGUUCCAUCAGCCCCCAGAGCAUGGAGUUCUUGCAGGUCGACCUGCGCGAGCUGCACUUCAUCACGCUCGUCGGCACGCAAGGUCGGCACGCGGAAGGCACGGGGAAUGAGUACGCAACCGCUUACCGGCUCGAGUACUCGCGAGACGGCUCUCGCUGGGUCAUGUGGCAUGACCGGCGCGGCGAGGAGGUGAUCGAGGGAAACGUGAACACCUAUGAGCUGGUGCUCAAGGACCUGAGCCCGCCAAUCAUCGCGCGCAUCAUCCGCUUCGUGCCCGUGGCCGACCGCCUCAUGAGCGUGUGCAUGCGCGUCGAGCUGUACGGCUGCCAGUGGCUGGACGGCCUCGUCGCGUAUCGAGCACCGGUGGGACACUCCAUGUUGCCCAACGACCUUCGUGCCAUCGCGCUCAAUGACUCGACGUACGACGGGAGCUCGGAUAACAUAGCGGUGUACGACGGCCUGGGGCAGCUGACGGACGGUGUGUGGGGUCUGGACGAUUUCGCCAUGUCCCACGAGUACCAGGUGUGGCCGGGCUAUGACUACGUGGGCUGGAGCAAUGACUCGCUCGCAGAGGACUACGUGGAGAUGGACUUCUUCUUCGACAGCGUGCGCAACUUCACCGCCAUGAAGAUCCACUGCAACAACAUGUUUUCCCACGGCGUCAAGAUCUUCUCGCGCAUCUCCUGCACGUUCGCCCGGCGCCCCGGCGCACUCUGGGAGCCCGGCCACGUGAGCGUCACCACGGUGACGGACCACGUCAACCCGAGCGCCCGCUUCGUCACCGUGCCGCUGGGCCACCGGCCCGCCCGCCACAUCCGCUGCCAGUUCUACUUUGCCGACACGUGGCUCCUCAUCAGCGAGAUCUCCUUUCAGUCCGGCACGGCGGUUUACAACACGACGGUGCCGGCCAUCACCACGCCCCGCCGGUGGGAAACGACGAACGUCUCGACGCCCCCCUACACCCAGCUCACUCCCAGCACGGGCCUGGUGGAGACCGCGGGGGCUGGCAGUCACACCGUGCUCAUCAGCUGCCUCGUCGUGAUUAUCCUCCUCCUCGUCGCCAUCAUCGCACUCAUCCUGUGGAGACAGUGCUGGGGACGGCGCACACGCAAGGGCCCGCGGAGGAUCGUGGAGGAGGACCUCCUCGUGCGCCUAUCCCUACCGUCGGACACGGUCAUCAUCAACAGCGGGGUGGCCGUAUCGGGACAAGAGGCCGCAGGGUCACGGGGUCAAGAGGUCACGGGGACUCUCCACGCCAACCCCAUGUACGAGCGGAUCUACCCAGCAGAUCCCGACUACCAGGAGCCGCUCCGCCUCAUGGCCACGGCGGGGGUCAGCAAGGUCAAACUCCCGGAGCUGACGCAGAGCGCGGAGGACGCCGUGUGCAGCGGCGAUUACGCUGAGCCCGACCUCACGAAGGCGACGCCGCACCAGUGCUUCAACGACGGCGUGUCGCACUACGCCGAGGCCGACGUGGUCAGCCUGCAGGGCGUCACGGGCAGCAACACGUACGCCGUGCCGGGCCUCACGAGCGACGUGCUGGGCCAGCGUGACGUCAGCGCCGGCGAGUUCCCGCGCGGGCUCCUCGCCUUCCGCGAGAAGCUCGGCGAGGGACAGUUCGGAGAGGUUCACCUCUGCGAGGCUGUGGGGCUACAGGAGUUUGUGGGGGAGGACUUCACCUUCGACGUCCCCAAGGGCGCGCCCGUGCUCGUGGCCGUCAAGAUGCUGCGUGCGGACGCCACUAAGAAUGCGAGGAACGACUUUCUCAAGGAGAUCAAGAUCAUGUCUCGGCUCAAGGACCCCAACAUCGUGCGGCUGCUGGGCGUGUGCAUGCGGGACGACCCCUUGUCCAUGAUCACCGAGUACAUGGUCAACGGUGAUCUCAACCAGUUCCUCUCGCGGCUUCCCUCGGCCAUCGGGCUCGACAAGCUGGUGUACAUGGCCAGCCAGAUCGUGUCGGGCAUGGCCUACCUGUCGUCCCUCAAUUUUGUGCACCGGGACCUGGCCACUCGCAACUGUCUGGUCGGGGAGCACCACACAAUCAAGAUCGCCGACUUCGGCAUGAGCCGAAACCUGUACAGUGGGGACUACUACCGCAUCCAGGGCCGUGCCGUGCUGCCCAUCCGCUGGAUGGCCUGGGAGAGCAUCCUGCUGGGGAAGUUCACGCCGGCGUCAGACGUGUGGGCGUUCGGCGUGACGCUGUGGGAGAUGCUCACGCUGUGCAGGGAGCAGCCGUACGGGGCGCUCACCGACGAGCAGGUCAUCGAGAACACGGGCGAGUUCUUCAGGGACCAGGGCCGACAGACGGUGCUGCCCAGACCGGCCCUGUGCCCUGAGCCGCUCUACGAGCUGAUGUGCGCGUGCUGGAGACGGGACUCGCGCGCCCGGCCCUCCUUCCCGCAGCUGCACAACGUGCUACGCGCCCUCCAGCCGUAGGCACGCGCAAGCGCACAGUCGCUCGCGCAGUCAACACCACGAAGACCAAACGAAGGCAAAGUCUCCCCCGUGCAGCCUGGAACACACUGUCGGGUCGAGUGCUGUUGGCGAGCACCCAUGAAGGACGGCGGCGCGGCGCACAAAGGGGGUGGGUGGCCAG